AUGGACGUCUGUCUUGAGAUCCCUAUGCCAUCUUGCAUGCGCGAUUUCAUUGUACAGUCAUCUACACCACCUCCCAGACUCGGUGGCACGUACAUCGAUGGUCUUAUCGCCAGCUUUGGAGAUGCGCAUGGCAAAGCAAUGGAAGAGGUCGAAAAAUGCCGCCUCCUGGUACAUGGACCCGAUGACAUCGUCGUACUGCUUGAGCGCCCUGCUACUGAUCAUGACUACAGCGCAUCAUUGGCAGAGUUUGUUUCGUGUUCGGAAACGCUUCGCACCGUGGACGAAUUAAUCCGCUUUGCGACACGAGCUCAGCGCAAUAUCCAGAAUGUUAGUGUCGUCGAUGUCUUCUCGCUUAAGCCUCACGGGACUAACGCUCCUUCGGAUGACGAAUGCCAUGAUCUUGCAAAAGAAAUCUUACAGGCCAAGAAGCCCAAAGUAAUCAUCGGAUGCAUAGGAGAAAUCCGGCAAUGCCACUGGCUCUCCUGCCUCAAUGCCGGAAAGAUUAUAGGGGUUCUAUGUACGAAAUAUAUCGACUUAGGGGUGAAUGGACAUUCGGCUCUCUUCGUCCGGUCAUUUCAUCCCGGCUACUGCAUCAACAGAGUGAACUGGUGUGUUGAAUCUCGCAUCAAACUGGUCUACGACUUCGUUUUUGCAUUCCGGGCCAUUACGGGGCCAGUUCGACACCCUUCCUGGUUAUUAUCGAUCUUAAGUCUUCGAGCAAAGCAGUCGAACGAACGACCUAGCAGAGGCGACGCUCUCGUUGAUUUACUCUUUAACCUCCGACGCAUCCACCGAAUUUCAAGUAAGGAUACCACCGUCCUCGAAGCGCGAAAGGAAGGAGUAUACUAUGCAGUUAUAGUCGAAGAGAUCUUCGACCUCCUUUGGACUUUGUAA